AUGAUGAAGGAGGAAGCCUUCCAUAACCCGGGUGACAGUAUCUUUAAGACGACCUUCAAGCCGAACUUGCACGUUGAAAAGAUCACGUCACGAGAAAGCUUCAUCGCGCUGGUCGUCACGGACCGCAUCGUCAACGCCUCGGCCCAGGCUGGCGUGCUGCCUCGACAGGGCAACCUCCCCGGCAUCAAUCAUCUCUGGUCCUUGCUUUACAGACACAUAGACAUCGUGAUCAAGGACCUGAACUCGAGAAUAGCAGGGGGCGCUGCCAUUGAGACCCUGCUCCGUCGGCUGGUCGACCUGCUCAGCAUCGACCUGUCGAUCAUGGACCCUGCUUGGCGGUCCCACGUUGAGGGCUUUGCAGCCUUGGUCAAGCUCCACGGUGGCGUGCAGAAAGUGAUCAAUGUCAAGGCUGCUCUUGAACGCGACCAAAGAGUACCGCCGAUGGCUUUGCACUACGUCUUAAUCUACUCUACACUGGCGAAUACGACUAGUCCCGCCAGCAAUCAAAUUACGGGCCUGGCGAACUGGUCAGCCGACGACAUCACGGCCGCGUACUCACACACCGGCUUCCAUCCUGCGCCUUGCCCGACGUCUGUGCUGCAAGAUAUUGUUCGCAUCACACGGUUACGUACAAUGUGUUUGGCAGAACCAACCAUCACGUCGGCUUUUGUCCCUAUUGCCCACGAAGUCUCCCGGCUGUUGCAGGCGUUUGUGCCGGAGGAGUGGACGGAGCCGUAUGCGAAGCCCGAAGACCCCUGCAUGCCGCUGGCUGGGGACCUGUACAAGACGGCAUCGAUACUGUAUGGGCUGCUGUCGCUACCCCCGGUGCUGGCGGCCGAGUUUGCCACGAUACCCGGGGCCGACCCCCCGGCCAUGGACGGGCCAUCGGCGGUGGAGAGAGCACGGCUGUUCUACGGCGCGUACCUGAUGAACCUGGUAGAGCGGGCGAUGGGCGAGCUGCCGCUGCCGCAGGGUGUCAGCUGGCCGAUUGCGGUGCUCGGUGUGGCCAAGCACGACGCGCCGCAGGAGGAGAAGGACCGGCUGAUCCGGCACCUGCGAACACUGCGGCUCAGGCCAGGCGCGGACAGCGGCGCAGCCAACAUUGACAUCAAGCUGCGCGACUUUUGGUACUUUGGGCACACCAAGUGGGAGGAGUGCUACCAUGAGCCCAUCAACGUCAUCACGUAG